AUGAUUGUGUCUAGGCAUAUAUGCGGUCACGAAUUUAUAGGCGAGGUAGUUGCUCUUGGAGCUAGUUAUGGUGGGCACUCACCAGGACGACCACCGCUCUAUUCGAGCUUGAAGGUUGGAGACAAAGUGGUGUCCCCUUUCACUGUGAAUUGUGGCGAAUGCCAUGUCUGCCGCCUUGGAUUUACUGGACGAUGUCCAGAAGGUUUUUUGUUUGGCUCUCCUGCCCUUGACGGGGGUCAAGCUCAAUAUGUCCGGGUACCCAAGGCAGGCGGGACGCUCUUUAACCUAAGCGACUCAUCCACUUGGUCCAGCAACCUUCCAAAGGAAGCACGAGAACAAGCCUUAUCUAAUCUCGCAGACAGCUCGCUCCUCAUUCUGGCGGACAUUUUGCCUACAGGGGUGUUUGCUACCCUUCAAGCGUUGAAUCAUCCAAAAGUGGCCCCUGUCCUCACAGGCAGGUCGUGGCCGCUUUGCUUCGAAAAGGAGGUGUCUGGUGGGAACGAAGUCAGCUUUACUGAUGAGGAUAGGGUGCUGAACGUUGCUAUCAUUGGAUUGGGCCCCGUUGGUGUUUGCACCACUGUCAGCAUGCUUGACGCAGUUGCGAACCGGAAAAUUUCUUAUAGGAUUGUAGCGGUUGACCCAAAUGAGUCUCGGCGCGAGAAAAUGAAGGCCGUCUAUGAGGCUAUUGAUGCCUCUGGAAAGGGCACUGGUCAAUUCGCCGUCUGUGAUAUUGAAGAGUCCAAGAAAGUGGUCAAGGAAUGGACAUCGGGAGUAGGAUGCACUGCAGUUCUAGAGGUUGUCGGAAAUACUAGUGCAAUUAGUCUCGCAUAUGACCUCGUUCGUGCCUUUGGCGCCAUCGUUUCGGUUGGGGUACAUGGUGCUCCUCCUCUUCCUUUGACAGGAAGUCAGUUAUAUAACAAGAAUGUGUCAUUCGAUUUUGGAAGAUGUCCUGCACGCGCCAUGUUCCCUCCGGCUUUUGACCUGCUGGUCCGGAGACAGGAUGUCUUUGGAGGCGUAGGAGAGAAGGCUAGUUUGAUCGACAAAAUCGUUGGCUUUGACGAAGCCGUUGAGAGCUAUAGGGCAUUUGACAAAGGAGAAGUUGGAAAGGUUAUCUUCGAUCCUUGGAAGUAA